AAGAAACAAUUAUCUGGGAUUGAUUACAACAUCAACACAAUCGACUGGUUUUGCCUUACUGAGUAAUACAUGUGGGUUUGUUUUACUCUGGAUCAAAGGUCAAACCUCGAUCUGAAACGCAAGCAACUUUAGGUAUAAGUGCAAAAAUACGAGGUGAAAGAAAUACAAGGGGCAGGCACGGCAUGCUAUUCCUGCCUUUAUAAUGUCCUUCUUAAUAAAACUUACUGCACGGUCUUUUCAACGCGUCUGCAAUGUGAAGCUUCUUGCGGCGGUGCGACUGUACUCCACAGCGGGACAGUCAGGGGUGAGCAUUCAGGCCGGUCCCCGGACUGCCUUGGCGGACGAGGCUCUGAAGAUCCGCGUGUCGGGUUUGAGUCCCUUACAAGAGGUCACUGUGCGGGCCGUGGUCAUCAGCGAUGACGACUCCAUGUUCGACUCCUCCGCCCAGUACCGGGCAGACCGGCAAGGGGAGCUGGACCUAACUAGGGAACCUAGCCUUGGGGGCGCUUUCACGGGCGUAGAAGCAAUGGGGUUGCUAUGGAGUCUGUUACCUGUCCCGAUGGAAGUGCCCUGGCGGCGUCUGUUCAAGAAAGAUGUUCUGAAGGGACCGCAGUUCGUGGACCUCUUGGUGCACCGGGACCUGUCGGAGCGUGGCAGGAUCCCCGGCCCGGUCCUGGCUAAGACCCGGGUUGAGAGGUGGUUCGCCGGCCAAGGAGUGACGCGGACCCAGCUCAGUGAAGGGCGAGUCCGGGGCAGUUUGUUUCUGCCUGCAGGAGCUGGCCCCUUCCCUGGUGUGAUUGACAUGUACGGCGAUGAGGGUGGGCUGACGGAGUAUCGAGCCAGUCUAUUGGCCAGCCGGGGGUUCGCUGCCUUGGCCCUGCCCUACCUGGGAAGAGAGCACCUCCCAGAAUCCCUCAGUGACUUAGACUUUGGCUACUUCGAGCAGGCUGCCAGCUUCCUGCUUCACCACCCAAAGGUGAGGAGCUUGGGUCUGGGCGCAGUGGGCACCGGGAAAGGUGCGGAGCUGGCUCUGGCCAUGGUCACCUUCCUACCCCAGGUCGUGGCUGCCGUAAGCAUCUCUGGUUGCCAUGCCAACACUGGCGGGGAGCUGCGGUACAGAGACCGGGUCCUGCCAGGCCUCAGCUACAAAGCCAGUCUGGCGAGGAUGCUGGAUUCCGGAGUACUGGACCUCUCGGAGACACUGGCCGACCCCUGUGACCCCAGACACAGGGCCAGCCUCAUUCCUAUCGAGGAGGCGGAGGGGCACUUCCUGUUUGUGGUGGGGGAGGACGACAGGAAGUGGAAGAGUGAGGUGUAUGCGGCGGCUGCAGUUCAGAAACUGAGCGAAGGGGGGCGCCACAAUUACCGAGUUUUGAGCUACCCUGGAGCAGGGCAUCGCAUUGACCCACCCUCCUCACCCUUCGCCCAGGCAGUCCUGGACCAGACCCUGGGGGUGCCUGUGAUGGAGGGAGGGCAGCCCUCUGCUCAUGCCCACGCCCAAGCACAUGCCUGGGGGCAGAUUCAGGAGUUUCUCCAUUCUAACCUGGGGGGCUCCUGUGUUUAAGCAGCACUAAUCAUUACAUUUUGAGAGUGCAUAUGACAUCAUCAGUACCUAUUGAACUUCAAUACAAUUAAUGCGGAGACCCUGUUAAUAAAUCCUGUUCAACAGUGGAAUAUUACGUCAUAGAAAUCUCCCCUGCUUGGACAAGGUUUACAUUUGAGAUUGCAGAAUCACAUGUGUUUUUACAAAAACUAUUUUCUUCAGAUAAUGCUCAUCGCACAUUUCAGAAAUGAAAGGAAAAAUCAAGGUUCUGUCUAAACUUUUAGUAAUGUAGUGAAUGGGCUGCAAGACAACUACAUGAUAUCUUGUUGUUGUUCAGCUAUUAUGGGUGUAACGAUACCCCAAUGUCAUGAUACUGUUCAUAUCACGAUAUGCAGAUCGCAAUACAGCGUGUAUCACGACACGUGUGAUGGGCCAGAUCGACUACUUCUAUGGUGCAUAAUAAGUUCAAAUGAUCAUUUCACGAUGGACUAGUUUGUUAAAAAACAAAAAAUGUAUUAUGCCAAAUAAAUAACAAUAAACUCAACAUUUUUUAAUCAGAAA